UGGUCGAUCCUCGUCGGCCUCGUCGUCAUCGUCGCGUUGAGUGUUGGAGCGUGGUUCCUCAGUCCAAAGGGCGAGAAUCAGACGAUAUGGCGAAGCACGCUCAUCCUCAGUUUUGCCAGUUGUUACAUCAUGUGGGGUAUG